AUAAAUGUACUUUUUGUGCGAGGCAGUUUAUAAUUUGGCUAGUUCUAGUUCAAGCUUUUGAGGACAAGUGACAAUUGUUUCAAUAUCCAAUUUCAGGCAGAUACUCGCUACUAAGAAAUACAAAAAAUUGAAAUUGCUGGUUGAUUUAAAUCGAUGACUUCUUUCCUUGCCAAGAAUGCCCUUGAUUUCACUUUUGCUGCAUUCUUGGUGAUUUAUUUUCAUACAAGCUGACACGACCGUUUGAUGUCACUUGGAGCUUUAACUUUCCAAAAGUCCGUCUUGGAACUCACUUUUGAUCCACAGUCAGGACAAACUUGGAUAUAUUGAUAAAAAUUUUAUGACUUAUCCUUGACUGAAAAUUCAAAUUUAGACAACAAAAUUAGAUGUUUUCAAUGAUUCGGUGCUGCGUUAUCUUUGGCCAAAUGAGGCGUCAUUUGACAGGCAGCGCAUUCACUCAGCUAAUUGGUCAAAGCAACCUGCGCAAAAGCUCGCCAGCGGAUUUUAGGAAACUGCGUGAGCUGGUUUGCACAUUGGAGCGUUUUGGGACCUUGGGCAAUGACAUCGAGCUGACCAACAAAGAGAUCGAGGUGAACGAUGUGAUAAUGUGCCUCAAGAUGGAGGAGUACAGUAAGGGCAUCGAUGAUCCCAGCCAGUUUGUGCCGGGCUAUCACAUCUUUGAGAGAUUGGGCAAAAUCAAGGAAUCGCGUUUGUUCUUUCUGCUCAGCAAGAUGCCCAAGGGUGGCGCUCUCAAGGCACACUCUAGGUCCAUGUGCAGCACCGAUUUCCUCAUCAAGCUGACCUACGAGAAGCAUCUGUGGGUGUGUACCACGGACAAUGGCUGCAGACUGCGAAGCUUUCGCUUCUCCCAGGAGAAGCCAACUGAUACGCGAAUCGAGGGCGGCGAAUGGCAGACCAUGGAACAGUUGCGUGACUAUCGGGGCGAAGAGAACCUAAACAGACAUUUGCAUAAUGCUUUUAGCAUGUAUCCAAUGGUAGAGAAAACAACAAGUGCCGCCGCUUGGCAACACCUGAUGAAAAUUUCCUUGCUUCUCGACGGGCUACUCAGAUAUCCGCCAGUCUGGGGUAAGUACUUCUACAAUGCGCUUAAGGAGUUCUACGAGGAUGGAGCACAGUAUGUGGAGGUGCGCACAAGGCUGAAGCGUUUUUACUGCCUGGACGGGACCAAGCUGCCGGUCCAAGAAACUGUCAAGGUCUACCAGGAGCACUUGCAACGCUUCAAAGAGGACUAUCCGGACUUUAUAGACGCAAGAAUCAUCUAUUCUCCGCAGCGUCGUGCCACAGUCGAAGAGGUCCACAAGUUUGUCAAUAUGUGCAUUGAGCUUAAUAAAGAGUUUCCCAAAUUUGUGGUUGGCUUCGAUCUAAUUGGCCAGGAGGAUGUGGGUGACCCGCUUUUAAACUUUGCCGGUGAGCUGCAGAGGCUGCCGGCCCAUAUCGGUCUAUAUCUUCAUGCGGGCCAGACCAACUGGUAUGGCACACACGUGGAUGAGAAUCUCAUAGACGCUGUGCUGCUGGGUACCAAGCGCAUCGGCCACGCCUAUGCCAUCACCAAGCAUCCGCUGGUGAUGCAGCUGGUUAAGAAACUAGACAUUGCCAUAGAGGUUUGUCCCGUUUGCAGCCAGGUACUGCAACUGGGCGCCGACUAUCGCAAUCAUCCUGCUGCCUGUCUGAUUGCAAACGAUAUACCCUUUGUCAUCUCUUCCGGCAAUCCCUCGUUUUGGCGCACUUCUCCGCUCUCACACGACUUUUACAUGGCCUUUUUGGGCAUUGCGCCCAUGUACACGGACCUGAAGUUUCUGAAACGCAUCUCCAAAAACUCCAUUAAAUAUAGCUCUCUGCCCGAUGAAGAGAAGGCGCUGGCAAUGACAAAAUGGAAAAUCAAAUGGGAGAAAUGGGUGGAUAUAAUCCUAAAAACCAAAGAUCAAAUACUCGCGAAGAAAGCGGAUGAUUGCCCAACAGAUGCCUAAAAUCCCGAAUAAUUCAGUUUGUAUUCGUAAUUGUUUAAGUGAGCUCAGAAGGACGAAAAUAUUAUAUGGCAGCACAUAUAAAUUAAUAAAAUUUGUCGCUUAUC